AUGGCCUUUAACACGUAUAUCGGAGACGUGAUCGCGAUAUUCAACCUUGGAGAGGAGAUUUGGAGGCUUGGGUGGUCCGAUAGGACCAGAAUCGAGCCAGUAUAUACUUCUUUUUAUGAAUCUGCUAAGGACUGGGAUCUCACUGCCAAACGACUGCAGGUAGUUGUUGCCCACGUUAGCCAGCAGGAGGACAUUAGAUCAGACGGGCAUCAGCUUUCUUCCUUUCCUUACGCUACUGUAUUUGACAAGGAGCAAUUUUUAAAAGCCAUCAACGACCAAAAAAAACUCAUCAAGGACUGCUUCGCUCUACUUCGGCAUACAGCGUCGUAUUUACCCAGAACAGGCGCAUUCUGGCAAUUAAAGUUCAACUUAGAGGAGGCAAGCAAAUUCGAGGACCUAACCCGGCAAAUCACAUCACAGACCGCAAGGUUGUCCAAUCUACUCAAACCGCUCGAGUUAAGCCUGCUUCUCGAUACGAACCGAAAGGUCAACCAUCUCCUGCACUUUGCUGCGCAGGAGAAAGACACGCAAUACAUCGUUCCAAGCUCUGAUGGUUUUGUUUAUCAGCAAAAGCAACCUCAAGUUCUCUCUCAUGCUAUUCUACAGGACAAUCCUCAGGUAGAGAGCCAGAAGUCCAAAUGCGUCGAAUCCGUCACCGAAGUGCCUUCCCCUGAUGAAGGCCAUGAUGAAGCAGACCAGGGCCUUCAGCUUCUUUGGAAACCGGACGGCACAAUACAGUUAGAAAUAACCACUUACGAAAAAUACGAAGGCCAGCCUACUUGCGUCGAGUAUCGAAGUAUAGAGUUAAAUGCAAAGACGACGCGCUUAAUCCCGUUGUACGCCUGUCCAACUCGGGAUGCCGUCCUCAGCCUUCGAAUCUUUGAUGGACAGAUGGCAACCGAUAUACAGUUCUCCAAGCUCAAACAUCUUCUGCGAUUUCAGCAUGCCGCCACAGGAUACGAAGUUUAUGACGCAUACUCUCAAGGACCAAUCGAUGUCAACCUGCGAUUUACCAGCCCUAAAUCCUCCAUUGAUCGAAAGGCAUUCGUUCAAUUCUGGAUUCCUAAAAGAUUAGAAGAGAAAGAGGCUGCAACGAUUCUAUCUGAGGCCAGAAUCUCAGCUGCCUAUCCACGGAGAGCCUCGACAUGGACCAAGUCCCCACGACUUUCAAUAUCAUCCAGUGGCGGGUCUACCUCAGUAUCCUCAAUUCUUGAAAAGGAUAGUAUCGAAGCAGGCAAUAUAGCAACAGAAGCGCCCAUAUCACCAUCCUCAACUAGCCCACCUUCUUUUUCGCCCUUAACUCGGAAUUAUUCUGAAAACUCUCAGUCUUCCCUCUCUUCCACAUUAAUGUCCACGGAUCAGGCAUAUCCAUCAGAUUGGAAAGUGGGAUAUCAAUUUGCUGGAGGCCGCAGAACCUCUAAGGCUACAAUAUCUGGAUUAGGGAAGAGCCCAGCAAUGUACAGGCGACAAUCGGCCCAUGAAGGGGCGAAUAUCCAAGCUCAACCUCGAACUUACAAAGAAAGUCAGCGCCCAAUGGUAGUUUUCCUUAUGCAUGAUACCUCAUCUUCGUUACGAGGGGACAAUUAUUCUAUUUUAACAGUUGAGGUGGAUCGCGAGACAAGGUUAAACACCACAAAGUGUGACUGCAAAACAAGAGACAGAGGGAAUUGUCCUCAUAUCACCAUCGAAAAAUCAACAAACAGUGACCUCCUUGCGCAAAAAUAUGAGAUGAGUUCUUUGGAAGAUUGGGAUAUCACUCUUCCGGGUAUGAAAAAGAGAAAGAACUACGCUUCAGAUGACUUUUCGAGCACUCUGCGCUGCGUGAACAUCACGUUCGCAGAACCAGGUGAUCCAGCAGGGCCGGCGAUGAGCAGGAGAUUUGGUGGGUAUGAUUGCAAAUGCAGAUACAAAACCAUGGCGGACAAGAAAAAAUGCUUGGUAGCACGACAUCAAGGAAAUUUCGGCAUAGUCAAAGAGAUUGUCGAAAACCAGGCGCGAGACCACUUCAUGGCGCGUUCAAAGCAAGGACACUUCCAAUUUGGUGGCGGCAUCUGAGAGAAGGCGCUGCAUUUUCGGGCAUGGACGACACUGUUGCGUUCAGUUUGGAAUGACCGACCAGAGUAUACUGGUAUCUGACGGGAACACAUAAUUAGCGAUGAGAUCCAUCUGGAUCGCCCGAUUUGUUACUCAGAGUCACGAGUAUCGCAUGAAGUCACAGUUCACGAGCUUGUAUAUUAGUUUCUUUCAAUAUCAUUAGUGCU